UCAAACCUCACAUCACAUGCCCACACACAUUUAAUCAUCUCCGCAUCCAUCUCGGUUCAUCACAGAUAUGGUCUGCGACCCAAACGAACCACCAUGCGGCCCAAAACCAGAAGAAAAAUACGUGCUACCUGAACCAGAUCCACCAAUACCCCAAAAACUCACCUACGAAAAUCGUAACAUUGGCAUCACGAUAUUUCCAAAACCACCUCCGUCCAAGAAACCUGAAAAGGGACCGAACGCCAAGUAUUUGGAAUACUUGGAGUUGAUGAGCCAAAAAUGGAGAAUCGUUGAGUUGGCAAAGCCGAAGAGAAUUACCAAAAAGUAUACACAACCGGAAGAGAAGGACGACUCUAAUAGAAGAGACUUUUCGAGGAAGUUACCUGACCACGUUCUUUUUUUUCAGGAAAACCUGGCCCUUCAAAAAGUUCGCAUUUUAAACUGCACCAAAAAAGAGUUUUCUGUUAUACUGCCCAAACGAUGGAUAAGAAAAAUGGACAAGACCAUUCACAAAUCCUGGAACACCAUUUACAAUUAUUAUAACAAAAAACUGAGAUCCCAGAAGUUGUUCCAACUGAAGAGGCAACAACAACAAGGCAAAAGCAUAAAAAAGAUCUCUAAAAAUGAAUUCUUUAAACAAAAGGGCCCGUACUAUGAAAAACUAGCCAAACCUAAAGAACUGCCAAAACCACAAAAAAAAGUCGAAAAAGAAAAGAAAGACGUUAACUACGAGUACAUAGAAGACCUGGCCGUGCCCAAGGAACGGUUUAUAUUGGAGCCGAGGGACUUGCCUUUCCUAAUAACCGAUUUCGCGAAGAAAUACGUGGCCACUGAACGCAUUAUCAAACUCUCGAGAGUUCCCAUGCGUUUGUACCAUAUUCUUCCGCCGCUUGUCCCCGGAAAGGUCAAGAGAAGUGCUUUGAAAUAUGUCCCAACGGAACGAUUAUUGAAAGUAACCGAACCGAUAGUCCGGCACUGCGAUAGAAAAGUGAUUGAAGUACAAACUGAAGCUGACAACGUGGAUUGUUUCAAGGUGAAACCGAGCGCACUCAAAUACAAAGUUACUCCUAGAAUAAAGAAACUGGCCGAACCCAAAGAAAGAAAAUAACCAACUAACAUGGUAAUAAUUACAAAUAACUUAAAACACGUAACUAAACAAACCGUAUCUGUAAUAACAAAUUAUUUCAUUAAUAAAACCACAUUAUUUUUUUAUUAAAA